GCUUUAAAAAUACUGUUUUUUUUGCAGCUUGUAGUAUAACAGAGGCCUGCAGCACCGUGUGUGGACAGGAGGACAGGAGAAGAGUUUCACAUUCUUUCAGUCUGAAGUUCGUUUGGUUAAAUAAGAACAGCAGGAGGAAUAUCACACCCUACAUUCCUGCACACACUUAUAUUGUGGUGGUUGCACAGACAGCCCAUGUGUUGUGUCGGAUCUGAACUUCCUCGUCCUGCAGAAGAAGAAGGAGGAUGGAGGCGUGACGUCGCUGCCCGCAGAGAGGCCCGUACCACGGCGGGAGGAGAGAGGCAGGGACGGACGCUGCUGCAGCCGCAGAGCACACCGCUAGGCUACGAACACACAGAGGAGCACGCCAGGACAACAAGCAACCGGCAGCCCAGGGAAAACUUUGCAGAGACGGUAGCCAUAAUGCGGCACCGCCCGCCGACCCCGGAGCUGAUGUGACUGUGCACACACACCAGAGCAAGGAGGAAGCGGCGGACAACAGCACCACCUCUCCCCGGUAGCCUCGCCUCGUCGCGGCAGGUCGGACGGUCGGUGGUGGGUCUGUCUGGUCUGGAGGGAGGGGGGGGUGGACAUGUCCUCGCUAACCGUGGAGGAGGACCAGAAAUGGGUACCGACACACGUCCAGGUGACGGUGCUAAGAGGCAGGGGCUUACGGGGCAAGGGCAAACACGGCACCAGCGACGUGUACACCAUCAUCCAGCUGGGCAAGGAGAAAUACUCGACCGGCGUGGUGGAGAAGACAACCGAGCCGGACUGGAGGGAGGAGUGCUCGUUUGAGCUGCAGCCCGGGGUGCUGGAGAACGGCGGGCGCAGCAGCUAUCCGGCCGGGAGCAACGAGCUGGUCCUCACCGUCAUGCACCGGGCGCUCAUCGGGCUGGACAUGUUCCUCGGACAGGCGGUGAUCCAGCUGGAUAAAGUGUUUCAUGAGACCAGAUACGUUAGAAACGAGUGGUACAGGCUCAACUCUAAGACGGGGAAGAAGGAGAAGGAACGAGGAGAAAUUCAGGUCACCGUCCAGUUCACCCGAAACAACCUGACAGCCAGCAUGUACGACCUCGUCAUGAAGGACAAGAGCGCCUCCACCUUCGGCAAGCUAAAGGAGCGCAUGAGGGGGAAGAGGAGAUCCAGCGACGACGACUCCUCCUCAGCCGUCUUACGCGGUUACGGGUCUCUUCAAAAGAUGAGACAACGGCUGCCGAGCGACGGAGGCGGGGAGGAGGACUACGAGGACGACGAGGGCGGCGAGGCCCGGCGGAGCAAGAUGAGGACCUUCUUCUUAAGAGGGAAGCUGAGGAAAUCAUCAGACACUCGCUCCAGCACAUCGCUGGGCUCAGAGAGCAGUGAGUCGUCGUCACGAGGGGGGAGUCUCAGCCCAACGGCCGGGAUCAGUGUGGUGGUCUCCGACCUCUCCAACUCGCCAAGUAACAGCAGCAACCUGACGGUCGACAACAGCCCAGAGCACACAGCUAACACGUCGCCCAGGUCGUCCUCUCUCCAUGUGAGUGAGUUUGGUGAUGAGGCCGGCGAGAUCACCAUCGCAGUGCCUCAACAAACUGUGUGCGUUAACGGAAGCCAUGCUUACGAUGUCCAGCCCCUGGACCCAGGCUCAGGAAAACCUGUGGAUUCUCUAGGCCUGGGACGACUGUUGCAGAAGUCUUUGCCCGUGUCCGUGUCUUUGCAGAACCUCAGCCCACACACGGUAACCACCAACCCACCCAAAAGCCCCGUGGGGGACGGGCGCCGCUGGUCCUUCGACAAGCCCGACGAGGAGGAGAAGGCGGCCAUAGCGGCGGCGCUGGAGAAAAGCGGCCCCAUGCUGGCUGACGAAGACGAGCGGUCGGGACAGGCUGCGUCCUCCUCCUCCUCCUCGACGGCGGAGCUGGAGAGCCAGGGGAAAAAGCAGAGGAGGAACUUGUUCUCCCACGGGAGGAGCGAGUCUGCAGGGAAAGGGCAGAGUCAGUCCAAGGAUGAGUCUGAACAAGCCUCCGCCGCCACCAGGGAGAAAAACGGGGGAUGGUUCGGAUCAAAGGACUCGAACAGCAAACCCAGCCUGGUGGUGUCACCUACACUAGAGCCCAGCACUGACCCCCACCCACCACCCCUCCCGACUAGACCCCACCCCCCGGGUCCCCCCUUUGAUCCCACCUCUCUGGUUUCUCCGCUGCAUCACACUAACCCCUUCUCUCACUCACAGUCCACCUCACCUCCCAUGUCCCCCUGCAACCCUUUCCUUUCUCUGGUCCAGCACAACCCUUUCUAUGAAGACAUUCUAACCGCUAAGCCCCUAAAACCUUCGCUGCCUCCUCUGCCCUAUCUUUCCAGUUCCCGGCCCCCCAUAAGUCAACUUUUUCCACAGGCGAAUAACAACGACUUAACCACACACCACUCCAUCAUCGGCACAGAGCCAAAGAACAAAGUGACGGCAAAAGUUGAGAAACGACCUCUUCCUCCGGUUCCUACAGAAGGGGAGAACGCUUUAAACAAGAAGUCAGCCAACCCUUUUACGACUGCAGGAGAGCUGGAGUCAGAGUGGGACGACUCCUUUGAAGCGUUCGCAGCUGGCAGGCUGCAGCCCCCCGAGGACCCGACCACAGAUUGCAACACACAGCAAAACCUUCCCAGUGACCGUCCACUGGAACGCUGCGGAAAUAAAGGAGCAUUGCUUCCCAUAACGGAUGCUGAUCAAAACACUAAUGUGAAUGAAGCGCUGCGUCAUCAACCUUGCACAGAAUUUGUAUUGGAGGCACAUAAAGCCGUCACUAACACUAACACACAUCACUUUGACACGUUUGCACAAUUCCUGGAGACGAUCCCGGAGCACACAAGCUUUGAGAGUGACAAUCUAACUUUAAAUACUCUGUCUGCAUGCACCGAAACUAAUCAAGCUAACAGCACUACUAACACAACUGAUUUAAAAGAAACGAGCCUGCAUCAACCUCUGAGUCAUGCAUCGUCAGUAAAGCUCGACCGCAGCUCCCCGGAUCCUAGCUCAUCGGGUCUCGGCAGUUCUGCAGAAGAGGAUUUCCUCUCCUGCCUCUCUUCCUACUCCGACAAAUUCUCCCCGUCCUCCUCCGAGGAAACUGAGGCGCAGAACUUUGAGAGGGGCAUCCUCAGCUUUGAGAAAUCUCCUGAGUCAGCUGCGGUGAAGGAUUUAAAGACAGUAGAGUCUGAAGAUGACACUGCUGACAAGUCAGUGGAUCUGUCUUUAGUUGAUGUUACCCAGCACACUGUUAUUCAGGACGGAGAUGGAUGUGAAAAGGUUGGAUUGGACAGAGAAUUGGAACCACAGCUUCCAGUGCUAAUACAUCUUCAUCGUGUGAUCACUGCAGAAGAGACUGGAACACAAGGGGGCCAAACUGAAGCACCAAAACUGUCAAUAUCUGACGUUUCUUUACAGGCUGAAAGCAAUUUAAACAGUUUGGACGGGACGUUGGACCCACAGUUUUCAGCGUUCACACAUCAGCAGACUGUAAUUCCUGCAAAAGAGACGGGAACUGAAGCUGAAGACUUUUGGCUACAGAAUCUCUCAGAACUACAGCCGAAACCAAACGUCUCUUUACGACCCAUCGAAGAAAACGGAGAAGACAUUUUGGGGGAAUUCAGCGAAUCUGUAUCAGUUUCAGAAGUUUUAAAUGAUUCACCAGAUCAAGAACUCUGCUCUGCACAACCGUUGUUACGCAUCAUAACGUCCUCCCCUGACCCGAACUCUGCAGAGCCGCUUGUUGAGAUCACUACUUCAGAAAGGCGGGAUACUAGCCGACAAUCCCCGAUACCCUUUGGGCUUCUUGGUGGUUUCCUCAACACGAGUAGCAUAGCGAUAAAUACGAGCCGAUGCAUGGACGAAACACUGUUGCAAACACCGAUGUCCGAUAAGAGCAACAGCAGCUUUCUGCAAAGCCUUUAUGUCAGCACCGACUCGCAGGCUUACCAAAGCUGUGUGUCCGACCCGGCCUCCAAAUUCUCCAGCGAGUCUGAGACAAAUGAGACUCUGGACUCUGUGAACUUAACGCUUUGUGGGGAUCUGAGUGAAAGUCAGGCGACUGCUGAAGACGCUCAAGACGAUGCAACCAAACCCGACUCCGCCCAAUGUCAUCAAUCCUUCCCUAGAGCUUUGGACGAUACAGAAACUCUCGAGCCAAGUUUUACUACGAGCAAUAUUUCAGGUGCUACUCUCCAACGCUCCCACUCUGAAGGCGACUUGACUUCUGCCUUCCAAGAGCUUCUCCUGCCCUCGUUUGGGAGCGAUCCCGGUGCAAUACAGGGUUCCUCUUCAUCAGCUCAGCCCAGCCCCCCUGACCUCCCCUCUCUCGCCGCCUUUCCUCCCUCUUUAACUCCUGAUCGUAGCAGCUCCCCCGUAGUGCUCUUUCCUCCCCCUUCUCUUGCCGACGCUACGGCGAGUUUACCAACCGGCGCGACACAAGCUACAGCGCCAAAGCCGGUGCCUCUGGAGACCGAUUGGCAGCGGCAGGCGGGCUAUCCGGAGGAGAACAGCCCCCACCCCGUGAAGCCCCUGACCACUGCCAUGCUGGCUGAGGAGAAGCGGACUGAGGGCCGGUCAGUGCUGGCCACCGGCCUGGAGAAGCUCAAGUCCACCAUCCACCCGGGGAGGAGCAGCAGCCAGAUCAGUGAGCCGGAGCCGGAGAGGAAGAAGUCUCUGACAGAAGGCGCCGGCUCGUAUUACCACCUGACCCACAGCGAACUGGUCGCCCUGCUGUUGCAGCGGGAGGCGGAGCUGGAGAGGCAGAAGGCGGAGUUUGAGCGUCAGAAAUUCCUGCUGGCCAAGCGGGAGGUGGAGCUGAAGAAGCUGAAGCCGCAGGUCAAAGAUCUGGAGGACUACAUAGACACGUUGCUGGUGCGGAUCAUGGAGCAGAAACCCACGCUCCUGCAAGUGCGCUCCAAGUUAAAGUGAGGAGGAAAGGGGUUUGCAGUUCACUCUAACCUCCACAACAGCUCUUUAGUCUUUUCACUGCUAUGCUGUCCUUUUUGAUACAAAUAUCUUAGAGCACUGAGAGAUGUCGAGGAGAUUGUUUUUUCCAGCCGGCAUGCUUUUACUGUGCUGAGACGCGUCCUCGUGGAGGGGGUUCGGUACGGGGAGUUUCUGAAUGUAGAGGGUCCUCAGGUUGUUUUCAGGUUCACACAGAAAGGUUGGUUUUUAAGUUCACAGAGGAGUGACACCCAGACGCUUCCCGAUUGU